AGCGCUAGCAAUUAAAAUCGACAUGAGCCGUUCUGUUAGUAUGGUGAGUUUGUGUCUCCUGUUGGGCGUUUUGGUCGUCAUGAUGGCCAGCGUUGAGGCAGCACCCCAUGAAAAACGACAAAUUCUCGGCGCUAUCCUGGAUGGCCUUUUGGAUAACGAUCGGUACCAUCACCGCAGGCACCAUCACGACGAGCACCAGCAUCAUCACGACGAGUACUAUGACGAUGGGGAUGGCUACGGAGGACACGGAAGGAAUUACGGCGGCCGACACAACCAACAUCAUCAUCACUCUCAUGAAGUGUAUUAGAAUAAUUAUAGGUCACAAUUCCUGCUUUGUUCACAUAGGCUAUAGCCGUUAAACCUGCAGCAAGUAUAUAGAGCAUCAGUUGAUUGAUCACCUGUUGAUUUCAGUUGCGACCAACUCGAUUCUCACAUUGAAACUAUGCGAAUAUGUGCGCUCAAAAAAUAAACCAAAAAUUUUAAUGUU